GCUCGUCGAUCAUUAUGCGCGCGCGCCGAAAAAAAAAGCAACAAAAAAUUGAUCAAAAAGACGAAACGAAAACGUUAACGUAUUGAAAAAUAUGCAUUUUCUCCUGAAAUAUGAAGUUUUGCAUUAUUGAUGAAUACAAUUUACUUUGUUGAAAGAAUCAAGGAUCUUCUAGGCAAUGCGAUGCCUCGUUCAAGGUACCAAUCACCGAGCAGGUACUCCAGUCGCCACCGUCACAGGAGAAAACUGAGGACUCCAUCCUAUGCCAGAGAGAGGGACCGAGAUGACAGAGACUUUUAUAGCAAAGACUACGGUGCUUGCAGAUAUCGCUCAAGAAGUCGAGAUUACUACCGAGAGCCGUCACCAUCACCCCAGAGCAGACACUGCAGAGACUUUGACCGCAACAGGGGACGAGACAACUACUACGACGACCGCUUCAGAGAAAACCACAGGCACGAAAGUCAACACAGAAAACGUCACAGCAGGAGGUACCGGAGGCCACGGAGACGCUCAGAUAGCUACUCAACGAGUCGGCAUAGGGAGGAAGGGCACAGAGCAAGCGUUAUAGAUGAUGAUGAGGGUCAUUUGAUCUAUCGACCGGGCGACUGCUUGCAAGCAAGAUAUGAAAUCACCUCCACAUUAGGGGAGGGAACCUUUGGUAAAGUUGUUCAAUGCAGGGAUAACAUGUCUGGGGGUACUAAAAAAGCAUUGAAAAUCAUCAAGAACAUCGAGAAGUACAGGGAAGCUGCCAAACUGGAAAUCAAUGUCCUAGAGAAAAUCAACAAAAAAGAAGGAGCUGGAAAAAGCUUGUGUGUGAAGAUGUACGACUGGUUUGACUACCACGGCCAUGUCUGCAUAUCCUUUGAGAUUCUUGGUCUCAGUAUAUUUGACUUUCUGAAAGACAACAACUACCAGCCUUACCCUUUAGAUCAAAUUAAACGAAUGUCCCACCAACUCUGCUCAGCUGUCAAAUUUCUACAUGAUAUGAAGAUUACACACACAGAUCUCAAACCAGAGAACAUUCUCUUUUUGGAUAGUCGAUCAUCUAUCAAAUAUGAUCCGGCCAAGAAACAAGAUGUGAGGCAAGUACUGAACUGUGAUAUCAGACUAAUAGACUUUGGAUCAGCAACCUUUGACCAUGAACACCACAGCACAAUUGUUUCAACCAGGCAUUACAGGGCACUUGAGGUCAUCCUAGAGCUUGGUUGGAGCCAGCCGUGUGAUGUGUGGAGUAUUGGAUGUAUCAUAUUUGAACUUUACACCGGAUUUACAUUAUUUCAGACCCAUGAUAACAGAGAGCAUCUUGCCAUGAUGGAGAGAAUACUGGGGAGUUUCCCUUCCUGGAUGAUCAAGAGAACAAGAAAGAGCAAGUAUUUCUACCACGACCGUGUCGACUGGGACCAGGACAGCUCGUCCGGUCGCUACGUCUGCGAGAACUGCCACCCGCUACGCUACUAUCCGGACAGCGAUGCCGACGAGCACCGCCUUCUCUUCGACGCCAUCGAGGAGAUGUUAGAAUUCGAUCCUUUCAAGAGAGCGACGUUGGGUCACGUCUUAGAACACCCUUACUUUGCGGACAUUCACCAUUAUGGAGGAAGCAGAGACAUGCACAGUAUCAGUAGGUGACGCUAGGCCAUACUAACAGAGACUCUUAUUCUUGUCUUUAAGCUUUCCCCCUUCUUUCCAUUCUUAUUUAUUUUCAUUUUCAGAUAUGAAAGUGAAGAAUAUCUGUUUUGCCCUUGCAUGCGUACUUGUACUUGUUUGAGGAGGCAGAUAUGAAAGAAAGUGAGAAUGUCUAUUUGCCCCUGCACCCAUACUUGUAAAUGUAUGAGGAAGAAGAUAUGGAAGAAAGUAAAGAUCAUAUCUAUGUCCCUACACAUAUACUUGUACAGGUACGAGGAGGCAGUAUGAGUCGUGGUCUUUAUUCCCUGUCUUUACUACUUCAGAACCAUUUUUAAUUGGAUUCAGAUGAAGAAUACAGGAUCAUGCAAUUGUGAGCUGAUAACAUCCUAAAUGCAAGGGGGUGAAGUUACAGGUCGAAAUGAGUUAAGAUAUAAACGGUGUAUGACACUCCAAUUCUGUUGAACCAGUGGAGAUAAUGAUUGAAAGAUUAACACUAUGUACUGUUUUUACUAAUACCACAUAUUUUAAACAUUAGAUCAAACUGCUAUGUAUUCAAACUGCAAAUGUUUUGCAGCACAUUUGCGCAUCACCAGUGUCAUCUAUUGAGAUUUUAACUAUCAGGUAGACAUGUUACUAGUCGGAUUCACACGUGGUUGAAGCUUUGAAUUUGGUUUGCAGUUUCAAUCCGUUCGGCCAGACAUUUGUCAAAACUCUAGUGUAUUGCUGCCACAGAACUGCAAGUAAGAUUGUGGUUAAUACAACCAGGGUCAUGCAUCACAAACCUUUGUGACUGAUCUUAUGAUGGAUUCUCACAACUUAUUCUACAUUGUGGUCAAUGCUAUCCAUCACAAAAUCUUGUUUUGGGAUUGAUUGCUAUUUAACUUAGUGUUAUGGGGCCCAAGGUUUGUGAUCGAAGCGACAGUCAACAGAAGGUCUUGUUGUGUGUACUUGCAUAUGUUUUUCAGGGUUGGUAUUAUUCUAAGUCCAUGACUGGAUGCCCUUGUAAUUGGUCACGAUUCCCCCUCUCAUUGGUCAGUGGCCUUAGAAAUUUUUAUGCCAUUCAAUUAUUUUCCAUAUAUGUGGUCUAGUUCAGGAAUGUGCCCAUCGAAAAGAGGCAUGUCCUCAAUACUACUAAAAUUUUGAGGCCCAACGUUGAAAUACCAAGUCGUUGAGGUUUGAUAUUAUUCCACUCCGUAAAAAAAUGUUUGAAUAGUUUUGAGAAAACUAUGUCUCAUUUUUCUCACUUGCUCGCUUUGAUUAUCUGUACUAUUUUCAUUAAUUUCUAUUUCUUUUUAUUACAUUCGUAACACUAUAUAUAUGCAAAUGUUCAGUAUUACGACACAAAUGAAGGUGUUUUUGUAUAACAGUGUAACAGCAUGCCAAAUAAUUGCAAGUAUGUCACUUAGGGAAUGCUGCCGGCUGUUAAUUGUUUGACAAAUAAUUUGAAUGAUUAUUGAACUAAUGUAUUUUAUGAUUAUAUUGCUAUUGCUGCGGGUUAUGGCUUUAGCAAUGAUGGUUACACUAAUGGUGAGGUGUGUAUCGAUAAUGAUGGCCAACUGCCAGUUAUGUAAUGCAAGAAGUAUCACCUAUGUGCUACGAUAAAGCAACUCGUUUUUGUAAAGAUUCCAGUUGGCAUUUAGGUUUCGGGUUUUCCUUGGAUUUGGGAUGCGAGGAUCAUGGUGUUCAUGUUCUUAAUGUCGAUAAUGAAUGCAGGAGGGAACACGGUACAUGCAUAAUUAUAUUUUGAGAUGACAUCACUCUGACGACAUGUGACCUAAACUCCUUGUUCUCACACCUUUUAUUAGUCUGACAAAAGAAAAAUCCAUGGUUAUAAAUAAUUGUGUUCAUAUCUAAUCGGAGUAUUUGAUUACUCAUUUUGCCUCAGUUACAUCAGCAGCCUUUUUUUUUCAUAAAAUUGAAACCAAAUUUUUUGUUGUUUUCAAUUCAUAACAAGGUCUUAAAUAAUAGCCCAAUUUUACAUCAGCAUUUCUACUCAUCAUAUGAAGUGUUUGUUAAUAGUAUUGUAUGAUAUAAUGUAUUUAUGAAUUUACAUAUUGAGCAUCAGGGAAGAAAUAACUCCAUUGUAAUAUCUAAAAGAAAAGGAUGUAAUUUGUUGCGUCUGGGAUAAUUGACAGUUGAUUGGGAAUACAGAAUAUGCUAUAUCUGGAUAUCAGCAAUGUGAUGAAAGAAGUGGUAUGUUUAAAAACUAUUUGAUCAUCGUCAACGCCACACUACUCAUUCAUACAUUAUCGAAUCUCAAUGUUUCAAAUACGAAAAUAUUUAAGGUAUUAGCUUCAAAUUCGUCCUCUUGUCAAGUUUUCGCUAGAAUUGCUUAUGUCUUUGGUUGUAGAGUGUGAUUUAGUUCUUUGAGAAGACAUUUCAAGUUUGCAUAUCAAUUUCCUGAAAUAUCUAGUGUGGCAUGGGUUGAAAUUCAAAAACUUGGUGAUAGUCCACAUCAAGAUUGGUAAAGAAAUAACAACAGUGAAGAUGUAACCAACAUGGCAAAUACUCUUUGAGGUCAAGAUUAUAGCUGUGACUUGACCUGUCCUCAAAAUAUAGAAAAGUGAAGAGUACAGUUGACAAAUUAACAUUUUUAUUACAAAAUGUAAGAAAGUUAUUCUUUGAAGGUCAAAUUGCCCUCCCCCACCAAAGAACAAAAAAUCAGUUCAGACACAUGCAUUUUGACUUUGGAUUAGUUUACUUUUAUUUUUUCUUCUGUUCAGUUCCACUGUCUUAUUCAUUUUUUCAGUUUAUUAUAAGGAGGAAUGUUAGAAUUCCCAUUGAAUAUUGAAAGACUAUGACAUUAUUAUGAAUAACGCAAGUAUUGGGGGAAUUUUAAGUGUAGGAGAUGCUUUAUUAUUUACCUUCUGCGUUGACAUUUUAUCUGUCGGACAAUACAGACUAUCUUUAAAGAAAAUAGUCCCGGAUUCAUUUCUAUAUUUAAUUUGUAUCAUCUCCUUCACUGUACAUUUAAGUUGGUCAGCAUUGAAAUUAGUUUACUCCGUUUAUAUCUCUUGACUAAUAAAUGGAAAUAUUGGAUAGGAUACCUCGCCGAGUAUGAAGUAAUCGCAGUAGUCGGUGCAUUGUUGCCUAAUUGGGGAAAAAAUGGAGGAUUGACUUUUUGUAAUGUAUGUUUUCUUCUGUAUGAAUAUUUUAUGAACAAUAAAUGUGUAUAAAUGUCA